AUGGCGGACUAUCUCUACGAACUUCUGACGCCGCACUUGGCCUCAACGGACCCCUCCCUGGCUCCUCGCUCCCCCGAACACGAUGCCACCACCGCGCAAUAUCUCAAUCGUCUGCCCACGCUCUCCCUGCAGGCAUUGCAGGAGACAGAGCCCCAGUCAUUAGCUCAAUCAUCCCAUUCUACUCUCCUCUCUCUCCAGGCAUUGUCCAAUCGUUCCCAUAAGACCUUCAUCGCCUCCGCUGACUACCUCUCCAACCUGCGCUCCGCCAUCCCAGAACUGUCCCGCAACGCGCAUCAAUUGCGAGAUGCGAUUCCGAAACUCGACGAGGAAGCGGUGCGCUUUUCGUCCAAGUACAGUCGUUCCGCAGAGAAUGCGUCUCUAGAACACCGGAAAAGGGUCAUGCAGCUGGCGAGAAAUGUGGAUCGACUGUCUGAUAUCCUGGAACUCCCGACUUUGCUCUCGACGGCUGUAUCUUCCGCCGCCGCCAGUGGCUCGGUCUCUACCACUUAUUCCUCGGCAUUAGAUCUAUACGCACAUAUCAAACGGUUGCAAACGCUCUACCCAGAUUCCCCCCUCGUGAGAGAUGUCGCGUCCCAGGCCGAAGAUGCAAUGAAAGACAUGGCGACCAACCUCAUCACCGGACUACGGGCGCAGAACCUACGACUCGCAGCUGCGAUGCGAACGGUUGGCUGGCUCCGACGGGUGGCACCGGAAUUAGAGACCCUUGCUGGUGACGGGGAGGGUGCGCUCGGGGCCCUCUUUCUCAUCUGUCGGCUAGCCAAUUUGGUGUCCACGCUAGAGGCAUUGGAUCCGUUGCGAGAACUAGCGGACCAGGAGACACACCGCAGAAACCGAGCCUCGGAGAAGAAGAAUGGGAUGAGCGGUUCCUGGGCGGAUGGUCAUCAGACGGAAAAGUUCCUCAAGCGCUACAUCGAAAUCUUCCGAGAACAGAGCUUCGCCAUCGUCUCUCUGUACAAGAAUAUCUUUGCGCCCGAUCAGCCCGAGUCCGACCUGGCUGUCGCAGGUUUACGGGGAAUUGACGCGCGGAUUAAAUCCAACACACCUAAACCCGGUUCCAAAGAUCCUCUGCAGUCUCUCCCACCGGCACUGGCAACUUUCCCCAUGCAUCUGGUGCAGUUAUUGACCGACACAUUACGUGCCUAUCUACCCAACGUCCAGGACAAAAGCUCUCGCGAGAGUCUCUUGACGCAGGUGUUGUAUUGUGCUGCGAGCCUCGGCCGACUUGGGGCGAUACCGGAGAUCAUAUUGACGAAGAAGAAGACAUUGGCUACGAAUGGGAGGAAGUGA